AUGCAAAAUUUCAGGCCCUCCAACUUUGGAACUCUUGGAAGACCUCGGUUUUCACACCAGUCUCUGAUCCCUAAAUUCGGAAUGAUGCUGUCCCGUCGUGCGUGCUACAAGUGUGGCAACAUUGGCCACUUUGCUGAGGUCUGCUCUUCCUCUGAGCGUCUCUGCUACAACUGCAAGCAGCCUGGCCACGAGUCUAGCGCCUGCCCCAGCCCUCGUACCACCGAGACUAAGCAGUGCUACAACUGCCAGGGUGUUGGCCAUGUCCAGGCUGACUGCCCCACUCUGCGCCUGAACGGCGGCAAUGGUCGCUGCUACAACUGUGGCCAGCCCGGUCACCUUGCCCGCAACUGCACUAACGCUGCCAACCCCGCCGGCGUCAGUGCUCCCCGUCCUACCGCUCCUCGUGGUAACUUCCAGGCUGGUUUCCGUGGUGCCUUCCAGGGUGGUGCCCGUACUGCCACCUGCUACAAGUGCGGUGGUCCCAACCACUUUGCCCGCGACUGCCAGGCUCAGGCUAUGAAGUGCUACGCCUGCGGCAAGCUCGGUCACAUCUCUCGUGACUGCACCUCUCCCAACGGUGGCCCUCUGAGCCAGGCCGGUAAGGUCUGCUACAAGUGUGGCCAGCCCGGUCACAUUUCCCGCGACUGCCCUGUCACCGCUGAGGCUUCUGCUUCCGGUGCUGCUGCCGCCGCUACUCCUGCUGCUCCCGCUGCUCCCGCCCCCGCUGCUGAGGCUGAGGCCGCCGCUCCUGCUGCUGCUCCCGCUGCCCCUGCUGCUGAGGUUGCCGCCGAGGCUGCCCCCGUUGCUCCCGUUGCUCCUGCGGCUCCUGCGGCUCCUACUACCGCUGCCGCUUAA